UCUUUUUUAAAUUCCUGUCUAUAAAUGCUUCAUAAAUCAUUUAAAAAGCCAACCAUCUUUUCAUAAGAGAGAGAGAGAGAGAGAGAGAGAGAGAGAGAGAAAGGUUCCAAUUUUGAAGAUUCUUUUUGGGUUUUAUUUACAUAUUGCAGAACUUUCUUCCUUUUUUAAAAAAAUUGUUUUGGAUUCGUUUCGUUGCUGCUGAGUUUUCGUUGAUCUCUGGGCUUUGUUGCCCUUUCGCCAUUGAAAUCCAUGAUCUUCAGCACCUCAUGGACUCAUCUCCAGUGCACACCACUUCUUCACUCCAUGAACAAGAAGAUGAGUGGGGUAUACUAACUCUCUCUCUCUCUCUGUGUUUGUUUGCUGGGAAAAUUCUGAUAAAUGGGAGAAAUUUGGAUCCUUAUCAAAAAGAUCGUUUUUUUAUUAACACUGAUGGAUUUGUGAUUCCGAGCUUGGGAAUUGAAGAACCAUAUGAAACUAAAGCUGAUACUUCAGAUGUAGAAACAUCAAAAUCGUAUUCGCAGCAGACCAAAAAAGAAGAGAACAUCUACUUGGGACCGCAUGGUGCGCCGCCAUCACAAUCAAGGCAGCAGGAGCUGAAUCUGUCCACUCGUAAGCAACGGUUCAAACAGAAACUAAAGGAAGCUGAUAAAAGGGUCAGCGGGACAGGCCGGGAGAACAAGGUGGAAAAUUUGAAAGAGCUUGUUGGUGGUGGGAAAGCAAGCCCCAACAUGUCCAAGGGUUCCCCUAGGGAUUGGCUAGACCCACAUUGCAAUGAAUCAGAAUUUGAGAAGCCAUACCCUCAGUGAAUCGGAGCUUUUCUUAGCUUAAGAUAUUUAUCGGUGCAAAGUUCAACGUUCCAGCACCAUUUAUUAUAAGUCUUUAUCUUGUAUGCAAGCAAAUUAUCGAGCUUAUGUAUUUUGACAAUAAUCUAUCAACCAAGCCAUUUGGUUUUGGUACUAAUGAGAAGACAUUGAAAGAUAUAUUUAUAAAA